UAAUAUGGCCGUGGAUACCCUCUCGGAACGUAAAAAUGAACAGUGGUUCAGGCUCAGUUGAACUUUUGAAUUGAAUUGAUCUCAUCUCACUGACUCACUCUCUCUCUCAUCCGCUGAACGAACCAACUCGAAAAAAAGAAGAAGAGAGAAGAAACCCGACUCUCUUACUUAACUUACCCAACAAAAUACCAGAAUUUCCCGCCUUUCCAAAAAAAAAAAAAAAAAAAAAUUAAUAAUUGUUCCCCGUCCACAAUCCACACACAUUUCUUCUCUGUCAUUCUACUUUUACAUAUUAUAAUAAUAUAUAUAAUUUGAGUGAGGAGCUGUGUCUGGUUCACUGAAAUAUGGAAAGUAAGCACUAGAAAAAAAAAAUGGAAGGUGAGCGAAGAAGAAGAGUUAGAGUUCGAAAGCCACUCUUCGAUUGUACAAACACCAAAAACACCGCUAACACACAAUCUUCUCGCUCUCCAUCGUUUUCCUCUCUACGUCUCAAACCCCAGAAGCCCCUUUUUUCCUCUUCUACCGUCAACAAGCUUCUUACCACCAAUAACGAUGGCAACUCUGCCAAGAACACCGACGCGUCACAAAAUGUCUCUCUUCGCCCUCCGCAGGUUGCUUCCCCUCCUUUGCGACCUCCCAUGUUGUUCUCUGCUUCUGGUAGAGGUAAUACUGAGGUUCUCGACCCAUGUUCAGUUAAAGGUCCUGGACAGACCACUGCGAAACGGAAGAGUAAAAUACCCCCAACUGAGGAGCUCUUUGGGGACGUUAUAACAGCAGGGAAAAGGAGGAACAUAGGAAAGGAAAAUAUUGAUCCCAAUACUUGUACACUUGCAUCAAAGAAGAUUGACGUUGCUCAAUCUGUAGUCCCAAAGAAGAACACAUCAGAAUCAGUCUAUCUUUCUCCACCUCCAAUUGUUUCCGAGGCUCUUGACCCAUGCUCAGUUGAUGUUCAUAGACCGACCUCUGAGGAAAGGAAGGAUACAAUAACCCCAACUGAGGAGCUUUUUGAGGAUGCUUUAAUAGCAGAGAAAAGAAGGAAGAAAGGAAAGGAAAUUGUUGACCCCAAUACUUGUUCGCCCGCAACAAAGAAGAUUGACAUCAUUCAAUCCACCGUCCAAAAGGAGAACACGUCAGAAUUGGUCUACCUCUCCUCACCUCCGAUUGUUUCCAAGCCUCUCGAGCCAUGUUCAGUUAACGUUCAUAGACAGACCUCUGAGAAAAGGAAGAGUACAAUAACCCCAAGUGAGGAGCUUAUUGAGGAUGCUUUAAUAGCAGAGAAAAGAAGGAAGAAAGGAAAGGAAAUUCUUGAUCCCAAUACUUGCACUCCCGCAACAAAGAAUAUUGACAUCACUCAAUCCACCGUCCGAAAGGAGAACACAUCAGAAUUGGUCUAUCUUUCCUCACCUCCGAUUGUUUCCAAGCCUCUCGAUCCAUGUUCAGUUAACAUUCAUAGACAGACCUCUGAGAAAAGGAAGAGUACAAUAACCCCAAUUGAGGAGCUUUUUGAGGAUGCUUUAAUAGCAGAGAAAAGAAGGAAGAAAGGAAAGGAAAUUGUUGAUCCCAAUACUUGCACUCCCGCUACAAAGAAGAUUUACAUCACUCAAUCCACCGUCCGAAAGGAGAACACAUCAGAUAUGGUCUAUCUCUCCUCACCUCCGAUUAUUUCCAAGGCUCUCGAGCCAUGUUCAGUCAAUGUUAAUAGACAAACCUCUGAGAAAAGGAGGAGUACAAUAACCCCAACUGAGGAGCUUUUUGAGGAUGCUUUAAUAGCAGAGAAAAGAAGGAACAAAGGAAAGGGAAUUGUUGAUCCCAAUACUUGCAUUCCUCCAACAAAGAAGAUUUACAUCACUCGAUCCUCAGUUAAAAAGGGCAAGACAUCAGAAUCAUUCUAUCCUUCCCCACCUCCGACUGUUUCCUCUCCUUCACGGCCUAGUUCAUUGUCUAUUUCAGGUGGAAAUACUGUUGAUCCUUUCAAGCCAUGUCACAUUUACAGUUGUAGACGGACUGCACAGAAGAGGAAAUGUACAGCAGAGGCAAGCGAUGAACGUUUGAGUGACUUGUUAAGAGCACGUAAGUGCAAAGGCAAGGCCAUUGCUGAGCCUGUGAGUUGUCCUCCUGCAACAAAGAUCCAGAAGAUUGGGGAGAACAUAAGGGAAACUGGAGGAAAUAGUGUAUCGAAGGCAAACACAGUUCCAACUAAAAAGGGUCAAAAGAAAGCUUUGUCACAAGAAUUUAUCGAGCAGCAGAGAGCUUAUUUUGCAGAAAUUGAUGCAUUUGAACUACAAGAGGAGGAGGUUGAGUAUCUUUCAGAGUAGGACUAACUGCAAGAGUUAAUAGUAUUACCAUAUUAGAUGAGUAAUAAGCAACAUAACCCUUUUGUAUAGCUAACGAAGGUAUGCAGUUAAAUAUUCUGGCCAAGUUUACAGUCCUCGUCUCCUAUUAACAUCAGCUCAAUCACAUUAGAACCCUCUUGCAGAUAAAAUUAGUUAAAGUAUAGCCACAAAUAUUUGUAGUUUUUUUUUCUUCCUUUCUCUUGUGUUUAAUCGCACAAAAUUAUGCUCUUGCCUUUGUGAAUCAAUGAUAUAAUCUCAUUUUACAUGGAUCCAA